AAUAUGCAGACGGUCACCAGCAACCAUGACAGUACGCCGAACAGCCCCUGCCUCGCCCACUGUGCCUUUUUGGGUCGCUAGUCGGCAUGUGGUACUGUGUCCCGGCACCCACGGGACAGGCACCGUCCUCAGCAACAACAUCUGUCAGAAUCAAUUUCCACAGCCUCGGUAACCGAACGUACACGCCCCGUCCACUGGGAAUCGUUUACCGAGCGCGCUCCGGAGGUGGAUCAAUGAGUCCGUACAUGCACUGUGCCUAGAAGGUCCAUUCCGUCGGGCUCGAUACACUGCUCACAAGUGCGCCUCCCCACCCACGGUCUUGGGAGCAUGCAAUAGCCGGAAAUCUCUAGUGUCGAGUCCAUGACCGGACCAGUAUGUCUACAUUUUCAAAUAUGUCGCUGGUUUACAGGUAUAAAUGCUGGUCGAAGGGGCCUGUCUACCUCAAGGCAUCGAGUUUCAGCUCAUCUACUUCUCUCAGAGCUCUUACUCCUCAUCGCAGACACCCCUUGACGUUCUCUGCCUCCACCUCGCCGACUUCCAAUGGCUUUCCGAUCGCUCCUUGCCCUUGUGGCUCUCGCCGCUGUUUCCAACGCUGCACCGACCACGGUGUGCCCCGACGGCACCCAUGUCAGCAACGCAGCUUGCUGCCCCUUCAUUCCGCUUAUCGACGACCUGCAGAACACCCUGUUCCAGGGCGAAUGCGGUGAAGACGCGCACGAGGCUAUCCGACUGACUUUCCACGACGCCAUUGCUAUCUCUCAGAGCCAGGGCCCGAAAGCUGGCGGAGGUGCCGAUGGCUCCAUGCUCAUCUUCCCCACCGUCGAACCAGGCUUCCACGCCAACGCCGGUAUCAGCGACAGCGUUAAUAACCUCAUUCCCUUCCUUUCUACGCACAAUGUCAGUGCCGGUGACCUCGUCCAGUUUGCCGGCGCCGUUGCGCUGAGUAACUGCCCCGGUGCCCCCCGCGUUCAGUUCCUCGCCGGUCGCCCGAACGCGACUGCCCCCGCCGUCGACGGCCUGAUCCCCGAGCCUCAGGACGGCGUCAGCCAGAUUCUCGAGCGGUUCGCCGACGCGGGCAACUUCAGUCCCUUUGAGGUUAUCGCGCUCCUGGCCUCACACUCCAUCGCACGCGCUGACAAGGUUGACACGUCCAUCGACGCCGCACCCUUCGACUCCACCCCAUUCGUAUUCGACACCCAGGUCUACCUCGAGGUCUUGCUCAAGGGUGUGGGCUUCCCCGGAAACGGCAGCCAAGUCGGUGAGGUCCCGUCCCCGCUUCCCGCGCACAGCGGCAACGACACCGGCGAGAUGCGUCUCCAGUCCGACUUUGCGCUCGCACGCGACCCGCGCACGGCCUGCUUCUGGCAGGGCUUCGUGAACGAGCAGGACUUCAUGGUGUCGAGCUUCCAGGCCGCGUUUGCCAAGCUCGCCGUCCUCGGCCACAACCCCAGCAAACUGAUCGACUGCUCCGAGGUCGUGCCCACCCCGAAGCCGGCCGUCAACAAGCCCGCCACCUUCCCCGCCACCACCGGCCCGCAGGACCUGCAGCUUUCGUGCCCCACCCAGAAGUUCCCGACCUUGUCUGUCGAUCCCGGUGCACAGGAGACCCUUAUCCCUCACUGCCCUGACGGUGGCCAGGACUGCCCCUCGGUCCAGUUCAGCGGCCCUGCGCCUGAUAUCCCUUAAGUCACAGCUGACUUUCUCAGUGUGCUCUAGUCUGAUAUGUAUGAGAUCUCUUCCUAUUUAUUUACCUAUCUUGGGCUGCCACUAGUAGCAGUAUAUACUCCUCAGACUCUGGCUUGUACUAUCGCAGACCUCGCCAUCGCUUGGGCGACUUGGCGUCUAAUAUAUCGUCUGUUUAUUGGUAUACCGUCGAUGGCACAAUUUCGGCAA